AGGCGCUGGAGGAGGAAUGGGUACCACUACCCAGACAAACACAAACAUUAUCCAGCCAGCCGUUUUCCAGCACACAGCAGGAGGUGGAGGAGGAUCGGGCGCUCCCGCAGCCGUUACGCAGCCUCCUGUGAUUGCAAACAGCACAUCGGGUGGCAGCGGUGAUGGAGGAGGACUCUCUGGUGCCUCCGGUUUUGGACCAGCGGGCAGCAACGGUGCGGUCCUCUCGCAGAACGCAUUCUCUGCGUUAAGCAGUGCACAGCCUGCUGAUGGCCAGAGAGAUGGACAGCAGAGCCUUCUUGACGUUAUUGCGGAAGACAUGGCAACGUGGGAAUCUUCUGGACAGUGGAUGUUUUCGUGUUACUCUCCUGAGACAGGCAAGCCUAAUGUUCCAGGCUUUGGAGAGUUCUCGGCUGAGGAGGUGCGUCUGGAGUAUUAUAACUGCAGUGCAAACAACAACACUGGCUACUACAUCAACUCUGUCAAUCAGUUAGUGCAGCAGUGGAGAAAGAGGCUGCAGGAGCUGAAGGCUUUAAAUGGCUCGGGAAAAGCAGCGAUGCAGAAUGGCGGUGGAGGAGGAGGAGGAAUGGGUGCUGCCACCCAGAGAAACACAAACCUUAUCAGGCCAGCCAUGUUCCAACACACGGCAGGAGGAGGAGCAGGAGCAGGAGGAGGAGGAACAGGAGGAGGAAUGGGUGCUUCUAGCCAGACAAACACCAACCUUAUCCAGCCAGCCAUGUUCCAGCACACGGCAGCAGGUGGAGGAGGAGCUGGAGGAGGAAUGGGUACCACUACCCAGAGAAACACAAACCUUACCCAGCCAGCCAUGUUCCAGCACACGGCAGGAGGUGGCCAGACAAACACAAACAUUAUCCAGCCAGCCGUUUUCCAGCACACGGCAGGAGGUGGAGGAGGAUCGGGCACUCCCGCAGCCGUUACGCAGCCUCCUGUGAUUGCAAACAGCACAUCGGGUGGCAGCGGUGAUGGAGGAGGACUCUCUGGUGCCUCCGGUUUUGGACCAGCGGGCAGCAACGGUGCGGUCCUCUCGCAGAACGCAUUCUCUGCGUUAAGCAGUGCACAGCCUGCUGAUGGCCAGAGAGAUGGACAGCAGAGCCUUCUUGACCGUAUAGCAAAAGACAUGGCAACGUGGGAAUCUUCUGGACAGUGGAUGUUUUCGUGUUACUCUCCUGAGAAAGGCAAGCCUAAUGUUCCAGGCUUUGGAGAGUUCUCGGCUGAGGAGGUGCGUCUGGAGUAUUAUAACUGCAGUGCAAACAACAACACUGGCUACUACAUCAACUCUGUCAAUCAGUUAGUGCAGCAGUGGAGAAAGAGGCUGCAGGAGCUGAAGGCUUUAAAUGGCUCGGGAAAAGCAGCAAUGUCGUCGGAUUGA